AUGAACACACUCCCAAACCCAGCAGAGUUGCGAGAUAGGAAUGUCAGGCAUACCGACUUCGACGCCCUCAGCUCGCGGUUGGCGUCGAUUAAAAAAGGGUACUUGCUGGACCGCUACGUGGAGAUGUUUGUCGAAGGGAUCAAGACCAAUUUACUCAGGAUCCAAGGCAGAUCAGGAAGCAACUUGUCAUUGAAAAGAGCGAUCCGUGGAAAUUUCUCAGAACAGAGCCUCCACUCAAAAUUCCCGAUCAUCAAUCGUGGUACGUACUUGAGAACCGUGGCCAUCGAUACCAUAGUAUCCAAGUUUGUGGAUGCAAACCAACGGAACAACAGCCAUUGUCAAAUCAUAUCAAUUGGUGCGGGGUCCGAUACCAGGGCGUUCAAAUGGUUGAAGAGUAAUGACCAGCUUACGUAUGUGGAGGCGGAUUUUUUAGAUUCCACAAAAUUAAAGGCCAGUGUUAUUGUUGGCAACCAACAAUUAUCUAGUGUUGUAUCUCUAACCCCCGAACAAAUCGAACAAGAAUUACUGGAACUGUCUGGAGAAUUGCACGGAAAAAACUAUCAUUUAGUACCAUUGGACCUCCGGCAAAUUGAUGAUAUUAAGAACUUCUUAUCAUCCUCAUCGUGCAUCGAUCCCCAGGCACCAACUUUGAUAAUUAGCGAAUGUGUGCUUUGUUACAUUGACUCGCAGGUCACAUAUGAUAUUAUGAGGGUUUUCAAAUCAUGUUUACAACGAGCCGCGGUUGUGUUAUACGAACCAAUUGGUUUGAAUGAUAGUUUUGGUAAGGUGAUGGUUAGUAAUCUCAAGCAACGAGGGAUUUCCCUUCCAACCUUACAAUCAUUUCCUACUAUUGAAUCUCAACAAGCGAGAUUGAUGGAUGUUGUUUCUACCGAUGAUGAUAAAAAAGUGACCACCGAACACCGAGUGUUUGUUAGUGACAUGAACUUUGUCUACGAUAAUUGGGUUUCUACAACGGAAUCCGCUAGAAUCUCUAGGCUUGAAUUGCUUGAUGAAUUGGAGGAAUGGAUUUUAUUAUCAAAACACUAUUGCUUAGCGAUAGGGACAUGGUGGCCCACUAACAUUGAUGAGCCGUUCCAGGAGGAUAUCGCGGCCUUGAAAUGGCAACUUUGCUGA